AAAAGUGCCACGUUCCACGAGUUGGCCAAUGAGGAAACUUAGUGCAUUAUCCAUAGAGAUAAGCAGAAUCUAGUUCUGUCAUCACAGAAUAGUUUAUACAUCACUCCUUCGUUUCUUCUCCUUCUCCUAAAACUCUGAGUCUUGAAGAAGGUCAACAACUUCGAGAAUAAUGACUUCUCUUUGUGCUUCUUGUGCCAUCGCCGCUAUUUCUUCUCCAAGUUUCUUGGGAGGGAAGAAACUGAGGCUGAAGAAGUUGAGUGUUCCAGCUGUCUCUAGGUCGGCUACGUCCGUGCGCGCCGCCGCAGCUGAUCCAGAUAGACCAAUCUGGUUCCCUGGAAGCACUCCUCCAGAGUGGCUCGACGGUAGCCUCCCUGGUGACUUCGGAUUUGAUCCUCUUGGUCUUUCAUCUGACCCGGACAGUCUAAAGUGGAACGCACAAGCAGAGCUAGUCCACUGCCGGUGGGCAAUGCUCGGCGCCGCCGGGAUUUUCAUCCCGGAGUUUCUAACCAAGAUAGGAAUCCUCAACACGCCGUCGUGGUACACGGCGGGAGAGCAAGAGUAUUUCACCGAUAAAACCACACUCUUCGUCGUUGAGCUCAUCUUAAUAGGAUGGGCCGAGGGACGUAGAUGGGCUGAUAUCAUUAAGCCAGGUAGCGUCAACACUGACCCAAUCUUCCCAAACAACAAACUGACGGGCACAGACGUCGGAUACCCGGGUGGGUUAUGGUUCGACCCGUUGGGUUGGGGAUCCGGUAGCCCAGCUAAGAUCAAGGAGUUGAGGACUAAGGAGAUAAAGAAUGGAAGGUUGGCUAUGUUGGCAGUGAUGGGUGCUUGGUUCCAACAUAUCUACACUGGGACUGGUCCUAUUGAUAACCUUUUUGCACAUCUUGCUGAUCCUGGCCACGCCACUAUCUUUGCUGUAAGUGUGAUCCGAAUCAUGUUUUGUUAUUGUUUUGUUUUGAUGGAUUGUCUCAUUUGUUUAGCCCCAACUAAUCUUUUGUGUGUGUUUUUCUUUACAGGCUUUCACACCCAAGUGAGAGGUUAAAAAGGGAAGGAUGCUUUUGUGUGAUCAUGUUUGUACAAAUAUCUCUUUUUUUUUUUGUUGAACUUGAAGUAUUAUGUAUUUAUAUAAAUUGUUCUCGAAUGCAAAUUAGGGUUCGUCGUAAAACUACUCUUGACUAAAUGCUCAUACCUUGCUUUUACAUUGCUCUAUGAGAUUAGCUGUGACUUGUGAGGGGUCUGCUUUCAAAAGUUAAAUUAUAUGGUUUUGGACCUUGUCUAAAAGGAUGCAUGGUAUGGUCUUGAACUCGUAAUCAUCAAAAACAAUGUUAAUUUAAGUUACAAAAAACAAUGUUUGUUUAUAAAAUAUGAUCACUCUGCCCAGCAGGUCAACCCCUUUUAACACAAAGUAAGAUAUAAGUGGAAACUUAAAAACAAAGAAAGAACAUGAAAAGAUGUAGUGACCAGCAUUAGGUGAUGUUUAGACUGAUUAACCAUAGUAAUGGUUAAACUCUCCGGCCGGCUAUUUCUUGUUGUAUCUCCGUCUCACUUGGAGCUUUGGGAUUCUUCUCAGGUUGUGCUUAAAUCAUCUCUCCAUUUCGUCACGUGUAGUGUCUAUCGUUUCGUUAUAGCAUCGAGUGAGGUUGGGAAAGUUCAUUAGAGAAGAGAAGUCAGUGCGUGAAGAAGGUGCGAAUUUGCAAGCUGUGUGGAGUCCUGACUCCAAAUUGAUCGCUCUUCUCGAGCAAUUUUGUGAGGGACAGCAAAACUAUGCUUUUGGGACUCUCUGAUGGAUGUUUAUUUAGUAUUUCCUGGAAAGGAGAGGUAAAGUUUAUCUGCCUCAUCUGCAUAUAUCUUGGGUGUUAGUAACUGCUUCUUUUCUGGAUUUCUUAAUUUUUGGAGCUUUUAGUAUUGGUUCCCAAUGUUCUGAUAGCAACGAUGAUAGGCUAUUAUUUUCUUCUGGGGUAGCUUCAGCAACACUUGCAUCUGAUGAUAAAAUCUCAACAAGAUCGGCUAUUGUUCAGUUGGAACUCUGCACUCGUUCGAAGUCAUUGUUUGUGUUGAAUUCUGAUGGGCAGCUAGUGGUAUGUUGUGUAAAUAAGAAAGGCUUAAAGUACACUGAGAGCAUAUAUAUUAAAGCUGAGAAGAAGUUGUGUGGUGAUGCUGUUUGUGCAUCAGUGGCUUCAGAGCAACAAAUUCUUGCUGUGGGUACCAGAAAAGGGGCGGUGGAGUUAUAUGACCUUUCACAAUCGGUCUCU